CCUCCCAGCAGGCAGAAGCACUUCCGGUGCUUGGAAUGUGGGAAGAGCUUCAGGAAGAGCUUCAACCUCCUCACCCACCAGCACAUCCACACUGGGGAACGUCCCUACACCUGUGGGGAAUGUGGGAAAAGCUUCAGCCAGAGCUCCAACCUCCGCACCCACCAGCUCAUCCACACUGGGGAAUGGCCCUACGUGUGUGGGGAAUGUGGGAAGAGCUUCAACCAGAGGUCCAACCUCCGCACCCACCAGCGCAUCCACACUGGAGAACGGCCCUACCCAUGUAGGGAAUGUGGGAAGAGCUUCAGGGACAGCUCCCACCUGAUCCAACACCAGCACAUUCACACCGGGGAACGGCCCUACACCUGUAGGGAAUGUGGGAAGAGCUUCAGCCAGAGUUCCACCCUCCUCCAACACCAUGGUGUGCACACUGGGGAACGGCCCUUCACAUGUGGGGAAUGUGGGAAGAGCUUCAGCCAGAGCUCCAACCUCCACAUCCACCGACGCAUCCACACUGGGGAACGGCCCUACAAGUGCUUGGAAUGUGGGAAGAGGUUUCUGACCAGCUCAGAUCUCCUCAGGCAUGAGCGGACGCACACAGAUGAGAGGCCCUUCCGCUGCACCGACUGCGGGAAGGGCUUCAACCGGAACUCCGCCCUCAUCACCCACCGGCGCAUCCACACCGGGGAGAGGCCCUACAAGUGUGGGGAGUGUGGGAAGAGCUUCACUGGCAGGUCUACCUUGACCAGACACCAACAGACCCACCAGUAAGCGAAGCCCUCGAGUGCCCCGACUGCGGGAAGAGCUUCGGCCGCUGCUCCAACUCCAUCAG